AUGGCUGGCCAGAGGCAUGCGCUCUCGUCAUCCGCCUUUGCGUCUAGCGGCUCGACCCGCACCGUCCUCUUCGCCUCGGUCGCCGCCGCCGUCGCCGCCGGUGGUGCCUUCCUCGCCUUUGGCCGCGAGGACAAGAAGGACAUCCUCGGCGUCGGCGCCGACGGCGCCAACAAGCUCUCUGGCUCCAAGGACCGUAGCAAGGAGAUCCGCGAGUCGAACAAGGGCCAGACUGGCGGGCGUGCCUCCGAGGGCGACUACCAGGCCGUCUACAACGCCAUUGCUGAGAAGCUCGAGUCGAACCCCGACUACGAUGACGGCAGCUACGGCCCCGUCCUCGUCCGUCUGGCGUGGCACGCCUCCGGCACUUACGACAAGAACACCAACACCGGAGGAAGCAACGGAGCGACGAUGCGCUUCGCCCCCGAGGCCAACCAUGGUGCCAACGCCGGCCUGAUCCACGCCCGCAACUUUAUGGAGGACAUCCACAAGCAGUUCCCCUGGAUCACCUACUCGGACCUCUGGACGCUCGGCGGUGUCGCUGCCGUCCAGGAGCUCGGCGGCCCCAAGAUCCCCUGGAGGCCCGGACGCAAGGACGGUACUGCCGAGCAGUGCACGCCCGACGGCCGCCUGCCCGACGGCGACAAGGGCUCCGACCACCUCCGCUACAUCUUCUACAAGAUGGGCUUCAACGACCAGGAGAUUGUCGCGCUCUCGGGCGCCCACGCCCUCGGCCGAUGCCACAAGGACCGCUCGGGCUUUGACGGACCGUGGACGCACUCGCCCAUCUCGUUCACCAACGAGUACUUCAACCUGCUGGUCAAUGAGAAGUGGAACAUGCGGAAGUGGAACGGCCCGCCGCAGUUUGAGGACAAGUCGACAAAGAGCCUGAUGAUGCUCAUGACCGACAUGGCCCUCACCCAGGACCCUUCGUUCAAGCAGCACGUGCAGCGCUACGCCAAGAGCGAGGACGAGUUCUUCAAGGACUUCCGCUCCGCCUACGCCAAGCUGCUCGAGCUCGGCGUGCCGCAGGAGAACUUCAAGGCGUUUGAGACCAAGCUCGAGGGCGGCCGACCUUUCGAGUUUGCCACCACCGCCGAGCAGGAGAACUCGCAGUAG